AUCAUAAAGCAAGUAUUCAGCCUUGUCAAUUACAUGUUAAAAGCUGGCUUAAUUUAACUUCAGAGCAGCUGGCCAUACAUCACAUUUCAAUGUUCAAAAAUUAAAGCACUGCACUCAGGAUAUGUAAAUUAUGAAUAGAAGACAGAUGACCUAUGUUAGCAUUCCUUUAGCAUACUUGCUCCAGUACACAGAUAUGGCAUUGCAGCAUACCUUUGCCUGUCAUUUGCCCAUGUUUGUGUUGCCACGUUACAAACUAUAUUAAGCUUUGUUGUGCUACUUUGUUUAUGCAUGCGUAUUCAUUCAUACAUAGCUUAUGCAGAACAACAGCAAGGCGAGGCUGAGAUUUACAGCUGUGGUUAAUUUCAACAGCAAGCUGCCGCAACACGUUCAAGAUAUCAAUAUUCUGAUGGUGACGAGUCAGUGGGAGGGAAGAGGGGGGUCGCAUGAGGGAGGUGGAGGAAGGCUGAGGUGCACAAGCAGUGUGUAUGAGGCAGAGAGCAAGUGACUGAGUGAGAGAGUGAGAGGGUGUUUGUGAGUGUGGGAGAGAAAAAGAGAGAGAGAAACAGUAGUGAUGAUCGACGCCAGGCUGCCACCACUCUGUAGCAGUGAGUGGCUGCAACAAAAAGCACAGAAUAACAUCCCUGACUCCCUGCUCUGCUUUUUUCUCUCUCCCUGCGUCUCAGCUAGCAGACGAGGGGCUCCGCACACAGCUCUGCAGAGGCUAUGCUGAGGCUGAGCCGGCGUCGGAAGCAGGAUCUCUGGCUGCCAUCAACAAGUUAGGGUUGGACGACCACAGCCAUGAAAGAGGAACGCUUGAUCCUCAAUUAACCGUCUGAGCUGACAUCAUUGCGGUGGAAGGGAAACAAAAGGGGAAAAAAAGAAAAAAGAAAAAAAGGAGAGGAGGGGGAUCUUUUCACCGGAGUCACUCUGGAAGCAACUGAUCAACUUUAAAAAUAUAUAAAGGAGGAUUCGUUGGAUGACGAAAAGAUUCAACCUCAUCUUUGAGCUUGGAUUUUAAAGGACUCUAAGCAAAACAAGAGGAAUAAGCAUCAUAUUUGGACAUGGAAUUUCAUAUUUUGUUUCAUUUGGGUGGGUUCAGAAUUGCUUUAUUUCCAAAGAGGCUGAUUCCUUUUGUGCUCACUCAAAAGGGUUUUUUCCCUUUGGAUUUUUCUUCCAUCUGGUUGCUCCAAGAGUCUGCGGAAAAGGACAGUUGAAUGCAGCCUCCGAUGUGCACAAAAGAAUGGGUUUCCAUUCAAGGUGGCCAUUGGUGGGACCUGCACCAGCGGCUCUGUGUCUGUGUGUGAUCAGCAUGCUCCUAGUGUGCCUGCUGCCUCCUGCAUCGUGCACAACCUGCCCUCAAAAAUGCCGCUGUGAGGAUCUGCAGUUCUACUGCGACACCCAGGGGCUUCAGGCACCCCCAGAUGGUGUGGACAAGGGGGCCCUGGGGUUGUCACUACGCCACAAUAGCAUCUCUGAGCUCAGCCCUGAUCAAUUCUAUGGCUUCAGUCAGCUCACUUGGCUCCAUCUAGACCAUAACCAGAUUACCACAGUACAAGAGGACGCUUUUCAAGGACUCUACAAGUUGAAGGACCUCAAUCUAAGCUCCAAUCGUAUCACCAAGUUGCCCAACACAACCUUCAUCCACCUCAUCAAUCUCCAGAUCCUGGACCUGUCCUUCAAUCAGAUGACAGCACUGGAACCAGAGCUGUUUCAUGGACUGAGGAAACUCCAGAUACUCCACCUCCGCUCCAAUUUACUUCGCACCACACCUGUUCGCGCAUUCUGGGACUGCCGCAGCCUGGAAUAUCUUGGCCUGAGUAGCAACCGGCUACGGAGUCUGGCCCGAAAUGGAUUUGCUGGACUCAUUAAGCUUAAAGAGCUCCACUUGGAACACAAUCAGUUGACCAAGAUCAACUUGGCCCAUUUUCCUCGACUUGUUGCCCUCCAGUUUCUAUAUCUGCAAUGGAAUAAGAUCAGCAACCUAACAUGUGGCAUGGAGUGGACCUGGACCACUUUAGAAAAGCUGGACCUUACAGGAAAUGAAAUCCGUGUCCUUACAGCUGAUGUGUUUCAAACGCUGCCAAAUUUAAAGAUUUUGCUGCUGGAUAACAACAAACUAAGCAGUCUGGAUCCCCAGGUAAUGAAUAUGUGGCAGUCUCUGGGUACCAUUGGGCUGUCUAGCAACCUUUGGGAAUGUACCAAAAGGAUUUGCUCUCUGGCCACGUGGCUAAGCACCUUUAAGGGAAGGUGGGAACAUUCCAUUCUCUGCCACAGUCCUGAAUAUGCCCAAGGCGAGGAGAUACUCGAUGCUGUUUAUGGAUUCCAGCUUUGCCAGAAUUUUUCAGCGCCAGUUGUACAGACCAUUAGUACAACCACAGACGCUACUAUUGCUGCAGAGAUCACAAGCUCCUUGUUUGGGAUUAUGCAGCCAACCCCCACGCAGGACUAUGCAGAGGAUUUUGGGAGCUUUACCACUGUCACUACGACGACAACCACGACACAAGCACCACGCACUGCUCAAGCAACCACUGCUACUUGGGAAGAGGCAGCUGUAACUGAUGACUUCUCGGCAAUGGACAACACUGUUAUGACUCAUAGGGUUAUCAUUGGAACUAUGGCCCUUUUAUUUUCAUUCUUUUUCAUCAUUUUUGUUGUCUAUAUCUCACGGAAGUGCUGCCCUCCCACCCUGCGCCGGAUACGCCAUUGUUCGGCAAUUCAGAACCGCAGACAGAUGAGGACCCAGCAGAGGCAGCCUAUGGCAGAUCUAGCUACACAGGUACCCUAUAAUGAGUAUGAGCCCAGCCAUGAAGAAGGGGCACUCGUGAUCAUCAAUGGCUAUGGGCAGUGCAAGUGUCAGCAACUGCCUUACAAAGAGUGUGAAGUAUGAACUCUUAUUUAUUCCUAGAGCAUAUGGUUUGCCAUUUGACCAUUUCAGAUGAUACAGGGUUUGCUUUGUUGAUUUUUUUCCAGUUUCUGUAAAAAGCAUAAUUUCUACAAGUGAGAUCUGAGAAAAUGUGAGAAAUGCGAAUGCUACAAUGACAGAUGUUGGACAUGACAGUAAAAGGAUGAUGUAGAGAUAGUCACAAAUUUAUUUUUCUAUGAAUGCAAAGUUGUUAAUAUCAGGCAGGGGCAAUCAUUUUAAACAAGAAAAUUGUAAACUGUGAGAUUUGUCUCCACAUUGUCUCUAUAUUCUGCAGCACAGACAAAACACUUAGCCAAAUGGCCCUCUGCUAACAAAAUACAUUAAGUGGAGAAAUGUGAUUUAUGUCUUAAUUUCUUUUAAAGAGUAGAUAUUUGAACGUUUUUUUUAACUGCACCAUAGGCAGUGUAAGUCAAUCCCUAAAAUAAUGGGGGAAUGAAUUGGAUAAAUUAUCAGGACGUUUUUUGUUUUGUAAUACCAAUGUUUGGGAGAAAACCAUACCUUUAAGGAUACUCAGACCAAAAUGUAGCCCUGAAUUAUUACUGAAAAUAAUAUUGCGACAGUUAACAUAUCAAAAAUAAAUCUCCUGUAAUGCUAUGACUUUAACCAAAUCAGAUAUUAGGUAAAUCUAAAAUCUAUUAUCAGAUCAACAGUUUCUGAGUGUUUCCUGUUUACAGGAUUUAUACGUGUGGCUAACCCCAAAAAUGCCCACCAAAAGGCAAAUGGAUUCGUUUUUUGUGUGUAUUUGGAAAUUUUGCUAUUUUUCCUGCCCAGAAGGGCCAACUGCCACAAAUAAACUCUGUGGGACACACAAAAUACUGUUUAUCUGUGGUUCAUCUCCAAUAUUCUACACUGCUUGGCCAACACAUAGAUGUCACCUUAGACAUAAAGAACAAAAUUAUAAGACCUUUAAAUGUACAAUGACCUGAACAUGGAUUUUCUAACUCCCAAACGCCAUACACACUGUGAUCAUUAUAUCUCCAACAGCUUGCCCUAGUAAGUACAGUUUGUUGAUUUGCUAUUGUAUACCAGGAUCAAUAUACAGGGACCUAGUGUGAGGUGUGAGGGUACCAAGUGAAAGUGAAAUGAACAGCGAAAAUGCCAAACAGGAGAACAUUUCAUUCUGAGGAUAAAACCUUUCCCCAGUAGCCCAGGCUCUUUACUGCUUACACACUAAUCAGGACUGACAGGCUCAAGAUUGAACCAAUUAAGGCAAGGCAAAAAGAAUCUAAUAUUCUGUCACCCACGCCAGUGAUCCAGCAACAUUUAGCUUGUUCAGCCACUCAAAAUUGUUUCAAACAGACUCAUCCUUAGACCCACAAAAACAUCACAGAGCCUUUUACUCUUAAGACAUUGCUAUUGAGAGGGAUACAAAGUUGUCAUUCAAAGUCUUAAAUGUGGGUAUGGUGAAAAAUAAAUAUUAUAGCAAUUUCUUGGUCGUAGUCACAAGUGUCAAGCUAAACUGCAGUCAAUAGCCUGAAAGCAAAUGGAGAUCCAGUGAUAAGCAAACAGCCAGCCUGGGUCAGGACACAUUUGUAUGCAGCAGGGAGAGGAUGUGCAUUAGCAUCAGACUAAAGCUGCUGCCGCAGCUCCGCACUUCUUUGUGUUCAGUUUUGUGGUGGGGGCAGGGUGAAAGAGAGAGAGAGGGAUUGAGAGGAAUUGAUGGGACGAUGGAGAGGGGCAACUAUGGGGUAAUAUUUAUAUUAAAACUAAAUCUCUUUCUAAAGGUAGAGGAGAAUUGAAAAAUAAAUACUGACAGCUCCUUGGGCUUGAAAUGCACAGUGACCAUACAACAGCAACAAACUCAGUCCAGAUAAAUAUGAGAGCUAACCAGUGCUGAAAAACUAAAGUCAGAUUCUUAACACUGGAAUAUGAGAGCAUUAACUUCUCCAUUUUUAACACACCAUUAGAAAAUAUAGGAUUUUCACCAUAAUUAAGCUUUUGGCUAUGUUUAAUGCAGUCAGAGAUUAAUAGAGAAAGUUGCAUCUUUGAGCACUGCACCCUGAAGAGAAAAAACAUGGGUUUGAGCAAUUCGGAUACAGAUCGUUGGCUGGUACCAUCUAGAGGUUUCUUGGAAGCACCAUCCUAAACAUUGACUCUUGAUUGAGCCUGCCAAUAAUUGGCUUCAAUUUUCAAAAUGAAUGCUUGUGUCAAUGUCUCUCUGCACAUGCUCACAGGAUGCCUACAGCAGCGUUUAAGAAAGUGUUUGUGUAAACCAAAAAUUGUUACACUUCACACAUUUGAAUUCAAUGAAAACAUACAUAGACUUAUAUUGAUUUUCCAAAGCCAAGCACCUCCACUGUGUUUCCAAUUUUGUUUAUUUCCAGCUUCGCACUGCUUUUACUAUUGCCCUUCUAAUCUGUCUUGCAUGUUCAAAAGUCAAAAUUGAGUUGAAUACUUCUUGUCAUUCAGCAAACAUUAUUGAGAAACUUCUUUUUGAUUACACCACAGAUGGGGAUGUAUGUCGAAUUCCUAUAAAGUUCUGUCAAUCAUUUGAAAUUUCACUGUUUAAGACUACGGUUGUACUAAGUGACUGAAAAUCCACAAAAUUUGUAGAAAUAUGCAUCCCUUUGCACUUUGGCUCUUUGUAAACUGUUUUUGUUUCCUCUUGUCAUCCUUUGGCCCUGGUCCCCACCCUGCCAAAAAAUAAAAAAAAGAAAAAACAAGUAAUCCACUCCCCUCUCUCUUACCCAACCUCUUUGUGCAAAAUGAAUGCUUUUCUCUUCCCAUUUUCCUUUUGUAUUGUAUUAUGUACAAUUUCAUAUCUGUAUAGUGGAUAAGAUGUGCCAAACUGAAAAAAAAAACAUUUUCC